AUGGCUCCGGUGAACCAGCCAAAAGACAAGAAGCACGAGAGGACACACGAGCAUUGGCCAGAAGAGGCAAAAUCAGCUGAGAAGAGGAAAGCGGACUACAAGGAACUAGGGAAUGAGCCACUAGCAAAGAAGCUGUUUGUGAGAAAAACAUCCAGAACCCCUGAGAAAAUUGGUUGGAGUGGAGGUGGGUCUGUAGUGAGAAACAACGGAGUCCUUUUCCAUCAGCUGGAGCGGCAGCGCAGCAUUGUUCAUUAUGUCUACCAGAGCAUGCUGGGAGGCUCCAUUCGGGCACAGCUCAGGCAGUGUCUGCAGCUGCCUUUUCUGCGUUCUCUCGCCUCAUACCGCCUCUUUCGAACAGCAAGUCCCUUCGACAGGAGAGUGACAUGCCUGGAAUGGCAUCCAACACACCCCAGUACCGUAGCUGUUGGUUCCAAAGGUGGAGACAUCAUCCUUUGGGAUUAUGAAGUACUUACUAAAACCUGCUUCAUAAAAGGGAUGGGAGCUGGAGGGGCCAUCACAGGAAUGAAGUUUAACCCUUUUAACCCUAGUCAGCUGUACACUUCGUCAGUUGCCGGCACUACCACCCUGCAGGAUUUUAAUGGCAAUACUGUCCGGGUCUUCACCAGCACCGAGGACUGGGAUUGCUGAUGCUGCAGUGUGGAUGUUUCUGCAAGCUGCCGGGCAGUGGUGACAGGUGACAAUGUGGGCAACGUGGUCCUGCUCAGCACUGCUGGCGAUGAGAUUUGGAAGCUGAAAUUGCACAAGAAGAAGGUGACUCAUGUGGAGUUUAACUCCCGAUGUGAGUGGUUGUUGGCCACAGCGUCUGUGGAUCAGACAGUCAAAAUCUGGGACCUCAGAAACAUGAAAAACAAAAUGAAUUUUCUUCAUCUGCUUCCUCAUGACAAACCUGUCAAUGCAGCUUACUUCAGCCCAACAGACGGUGCCAAGCUCCUGAGCACAGACCAGCGCAAUGAGAUCAGGGUUUACUCAUCUUCAGACUGGACCAAGCCGCAGCACCUGAUCCCACACCCGCAUCGGCAGUUUCAGCACCUCACACCUAUUAAGGCAACAUGGCACCCUCGCUACGACCUCAUUGUAGCAGGUCGCUACCCAGACCCGAAGUUCCCAGGGUACACAGUGAAUGAGCCACGAACUGUUGAUGUAUUCGAUGGAAACACCGGGGAGAUGGUUUGUCAACUCCAUGACCCGAAUGCUUCUGGUAUCAUCUCGCUCAAUAAAUUCAACCCCAUGGGAGACACGCUGGCGUCUGGCAUGGGCUUUAACAUUCUGAUCUGGAGCCGGGAGGAGAUGGUGGCCAAGAAGCAAGAACAUCUUUUGAAAGCCAUGACAGAACAGGGGAUUGGAAGCUGGAGUUUGUCCAGAUGUGGAGGGCAGAGGCAGGAAAACCUUGGGACAAGCAAACUCAAAGCUAAAUUACUGUCUUGGGAGCUGGAGGAGAGGAGAACAAAAAACGACAAUUCUAAAUUGCAGGGAAGGAAGCGAAAAGGGAAGGACCUGGAGAACUGAUUUAGUAGUUUGAUCCUGUCUGGAUCGCAGGGCACAAAUGCAGUGCUGGCAAUGGGCAGUAUAAGCUGUGUGGGGCAUUGGACUUCUACUUUGUCCUUCCUCCCUGGAUCUGAUCUUGCUUCCCUGACUCCCUUUGCUUCUC